AUGCCAAUUCCAGAUAAAACUAGCAUGGGUUUGAGUGAAAACAUGUUGAUAGCUGAAGAGUUGGCGUAUGACAAGGAAUCGUUGAAGGCAGAGCAUGAAACAUUGGUAACACAAUUUACCAACGAGCAAAAGAAUGUUUACGACUCUGUGAUGCAUGAUAUUGAUUCCAUUGGAGGUGGAUUGUUCUUUGUGUAUGGUUACGGAGGAACAAGCAAGACAUUCGUGUGGAAAACGUUAUCGUCAAAGAUAAUGAGACACGGUGAUAUUGUUCUGAAUAUUGCUUCUAAUGGAAUAGCAUCUUUGCUCUUGCCGAGAGGCAGGACAACACAUUCCAAAUUUGUUAUACCACUCUCUUUGAGCGAAGAUUGCACGUGCAAUAUAUCGCAAGGCAGUGACCUUGGUAUUUUGGAUGGAUAUUUGGCGAUUAAGAAUGAGACCUACCCGAACUUGGUAAAAGAAUUUUAUCGUUGUAUGGUUGUGAAAAAAUCGGGUAGUAAGUUGGAAAUCACCUCGAAGGUGAAUGGUGUUAAGAUUGUGUUGAAUGAGAAUAGGUUAGCCAAGCUCCUUAAGUUAACUCUAACCGGGGUCGCAGAGUACAAGAGAGAUACUUGGAUUGGAACAGAAGGCCUUGACCACCGGGAUUAUCUGGGGUAUUUGUUGGGAAGGACAGAUGGUUUCACUCAGGCCACUAGGCCUUAA